UGUGUGCUUGUGAAUCGGUUCAUAGACACACACACCGAGCUACUGAUCAACCCCAUAAUCCGUCAAUUCUCUCCUGUGUCUCUCUGUGUCUCUCUGUGUCUCAGGCUUAAAGAGGAACAUUUCUGCAGGAUUCCUGCGCUGGAGCUGAGAUCAUCCUGCGCCAUGGAGAAAGUUUUGGUUCUUCUCAGCAUGAUCCUCCUGGCAGGUGUUCGAGCCCAGACGGUGAGCUACGAUGUGCAGGAGCUGUCUAGCUGGAGCAUUAACUUUGCGACGGCUCUGUACCGCAGGAUCUCUAGCACUAGCGACGAUAACUUCGCAGUCUCGCCAUUGGCAGCGUCUCUGAGCCUGGCGUCUCUGGCAGCGGGAGCUGGAGACAGCACGAGCAAAGAGCUGCUCCAGACCUUAAACCUGGCUCUUAUGGAGAGAAAUGGUGAACCAGACCGGAUCCCUGCUCUGCUUCAGCAGCUGAAAGACGCUGCAGCUCAGAUCAUCGCGACCGGUCUGUUUAUCAGCCAGAAGAUCCAGGUCGAAUCCGGCUUCAGCAGCCAGGUCAGAAAGUUCUACAGUGCCGACGUGAAGAAUGUGGAGUUCUCCAAUGCGCAGGCCACUAAAGCCAGUAUCAAUGAGUACUUCACAGGAAGCACCGGGAACAAGAUCAGGGAGGUGGUGGACACCCUGGAUCCUCAAAGCCAGCUCGUGGUCAUCAGCGCUGCAUAUUUUACAGGUCAGUGGAAGUUACCGUUCAACGCGAGCUUCACUCAGGAGGAACGCUUUUAUAUUGAUAAGUACCACAUUGUUCUGGUGCCCAUGAUGAGCCGCUCUGAUAAAUACUACUUGGCAUAUGACCCGUCUCUGAAGGUGGGCAUUCUAAAGCUGCCAUGCACUGACGGGACCGCCAUGCUGGUGGUCCUGCCUGAUGAAGACGUGGAUUACACAUCAGUGGAUGAAGCCCUGACUACUGAAGUGUUUCUCAGAUGGAUAGCAAAGCUGAAGAAAACGAAGUUGGAGGUCCUGUUGCCUCGGUUUUCUGUAGACUACUCCUUCUCUCUGAAGAAAAGCCUGCCCAGUCUAAACUUUACCAAAUUCCAAGAUGGAAGUGCAGAUCUUUCAGGAAUCAGCAAAAGCUCUGAGCUGAGUUUAUCUGAGGCACUGCAGAAGGUCAUAGUGGAAGUGGAUGAGCAAGGAAGCUUGGCUGCUCCGUCCUCCAGCAGCCUCCUCGUGGACACUCUUCCUCCGAGACUCACCAUCAAUCGACCGUUCCUGUUUCUUAUCUAUCACGAGGCUACUAAGAGCCUGCUGCACCUGGGCCGUGUGAUCGACCCUACUAAGAAGUAGCCAUGUUCACGCUGUCUCCUGCAACAUUAGCAAACCCUUUCUCCUGCGCGCUGAUUAGUAUGAUGUUCACACCUGUAUGUAAUUAAUGCAAUGCAGUUUAUGGAGUUAUUCAGCAUCAGUAAUAUAAACGCUCACCUGUCACUUUAGCUGUAUUUUAUUAUGCAAUUCCCCAGUAUUACAUUUUACCACAGUGCUACUGAAUUCUGGAUUCUGAUUGGUCAGGAGGUCACAGCAGCUUUUAUAUAAUAUUUGUUCAUGCACAAGGAUGUGUUAGUGGAUGACCUACAUAUGGAUUUGUUGAUGUGGUGAAGUUCCUUGGAGAUGAUAGAAGGAGUCUCCAGCGUCCAGUUAAUAACCUGACCUGAUGAUUUGGUGUUAUAUUAAAAGCUCUAAACAAACAGGAA